GUUAGAUAUUUAGUUGUGAUAUUUUAUUUUUCUUCUUCAAUUUUUUUAUUAUUUUAUAUUCUUCCCCUGUUAAAUGUUGAAUUGUGAUUGAUUUGAUUUUCCACCAAAUUAAGACAAAAAGUUUAGAAUAUUAGAAAAAGCAAAAUGUUUUGCCACUUUCCAUUUUUAUCAAAAGCUUAAAUUCCACUGUCACUUGUUCCAUCUCAAAUUCACACCAAAAUUCUCUUUCUCUCGGCUCCAUUUGGGUUCUCCGGCUACACUCUUCAUCGUUAUCACCGCCCCUUAUUUCAGACCAUGUUUAAGAUACCAGAUCAUCAGGUUGCUGGCCACCAAGCCAGUACAGGAAUCAUUGGUCCUUUAAUUGAUGAUUCGGGCCGAUUUUACAAGCCUCUUCAAAGUGAUCACCGUGGCUCCCAAGAGGUGGAGUUCUAUACAAAGUUCUCUUCCAUCACUGAAAUUCCAAAUCACAUUCGCAAAUUCUUCCCCAUUUAUUAUGGAACUAAACAAAUUGAGGCGUCUGAUGGAUCCGGUCCUUGUCCCCAUCUUGUCAUGGAAGAUGUUGUUUCGAUUCGAACUAAUCCUUCUCUAAUGGACAUUAAAAUGGGAUCUAGAACAUGGUUCCCAACAGCUUCUGAAGACUAUAUCAUGAAAUGUCUAAAGAAAGAUAGAGAAACAACAACUUUGCCUUUGGGAUUUAGGAUAUCUGGAUUUCAAAUUUAUGGAGACAAAGACUCUGGAUAUUGGAAACCCGAAAGGAAGUAUGUUCUAGGAUUUAGUACAGAUGAUGUUAGAGUAGCUCUUAAGAAGUUUGUUUCAUCAAAUUCGUCUAAUGAUUUAGUUGCAGAACCAGAUUUUGCUUUUGCAGAAAGUGUUUAUGGUGGUCCUAAUGGGGUGUUGGCACAAUUGUUGAAGCUCAAGACAUGGUUUGAAAAUCAAACCAUAUUCCAUUUCUAUUCUUGUUCUGUUCUGAUGGUUUAUGAGAAAGAACCAGCUCUAAAAGGGCAUAGCCCAGGUGUUACAGUUAAACUUAUUGACUUUGCACAUGUGAUAGAAGGUGAGGGUGUUAUUGAUCAUAACUUCUUGGGUGGACUUUGCUCUCUCAUCAAGUUUAUAUCUGACAUUCUUGAUAACUUGCCCCAUAAUUCAGCCCAAAACUCUGAGAAUUGACUCUGUUUCUGCCCAUUAAUGAGUAUUUUACCUCUGAUUAAAGUUCAAAGUUUAUUCUACUUGGCAUUGUACUUUUGUAUUUCUGAAGCUUUCUAUUUUAUUUUUAUGUUUGUUUAAGAAUAAAAGGUGAACAAUCAUCCGUGUGUAACUUUCUUUUUUACAAUGUUUUUCUCUUUUGGCAAGAAAAAUGGAAAAUAACACAUCAUUGUUCAAA